UGAGCUUGGACUGUCUCUCUCAGAGAGGCGCUGCAUCCCCGGGUGCGGAGGCUCAGUAUGCAGUGCCGAGUUGGGGAAUUUAUUGCAUGUAAUGCAUUCGGACAUAUGCUGCAGAUAAUGGAGCAAGAGAAGAAGACAGUGAGAAUAUAUAACGGAAGGGAAACUGUCCCACUCAGAACAAUUUGACCUGCUGCAUGUCUUUGAGGAGGCAGAUUUCAUGAAUGCAGAUUCUCAUCAAAGCAUGGAUUUUUACAACUGUACUAAUGGCAACUGCUCAUCAGAAGAACUUGCCAAAGUGCCAACCAGUAAAAUUUUUAUUUCUUUGACUCUUUCAGUGCUGGCAGUUCUGACAACUGCUAUCAACUCUCUUGUAAUCACUGCCAUUAUUGUUACAAGAAAACUUCACCAUCCAGCCAACUAUUUGAUUUGCUCCUUGGCUGUGACAGACUUCCUUGUGGCUAUCCUGGUGAUGCCAUUCAGCAUUGUGUACAUUGUGAAGGAGUCUUGGAUAAUGGGCCAAGUUGCAUGCAACAUCUGGCUGAGCGUUGACAUAACUUGCUGCACCUGCUCUAUUCUGCAUCUAUCUGCUAUAGCCUUGGAUCGGUACAGGGCAAUUACUGAUGCUGUGGAAUAUUCUAGGAAAAGGACUCCAAAGCAUGCAGCGAUAAUGAUCUCCAUUGUCUGGAUCAUAUCUAUUUUUAUCUCCAUGCCUCCACUCUUUUGGAGGCAUCAGUCAAACAACAGAGAUGAUGAAUGUCUAAUUAAGCACAAUCACAUUGCAUUCACCAUUUACUCAACCUUUGGGGCCUUUUAUAUCCCCUUGACCUUAAUUCUUAUUCUUUAUUACAAAAUAUACAAGGCAGCCAAAACCCUCUACCACAAGCGUAAUGCCAGUCGGAUUGCCAAGGAGGAGGCAAAUGGAAAUGGUCCACCAGAGGCUGCAGACAGAGGUUCCAAAAAUCCCUCCAACCUGUGUAUCCCAGAAAAGUCCUUUUCUGAACCUUCCACAGAAGGUGAGAAGAUUCAUAUCACAAUCAGGAGUCCUAAAAUGGAAUCAAGAAGGGAAAAGUCAUGGAGAAGGCAAAAGAUUUCUGGCACAAGAGAGAAGAAAGCGGCCACCACUCUGGGUUUAAUCCUGGGGGCAUUUGUCAUAUGCUGGCUGCCCUUCUUUUUGAAGGAAGUCAUUGUGAACAUCUGUGCAUCCUGCUACAUCUCAGCGGAGAUGUCAGAUUUUUUGACUUGGCUGGGCUACCUCAAUUCACUUAUCAACCCUCUUAUUUAUACAAUCUUCAAUGAGGAUUUUAAGAAAGCUUUUCAGAGACUUGUCAAGUGUGGCCAGUACCUUUAGAACUUUGAAAACAAUGAAAUCAUAAAUAAAAUAGAAAAAUUAUUUACUGAACCAAAAUAAGCUAGAAGUGGGGAUCUAUCAAUCCAUAAACACGAAUUAAAGGGUUAAGAGGAAUUAAUGAGUGCAGGAGAGGAGGCCAGCAUAACCCAGAAUAACUGAUAACAAAACAAAAACAUCUCUCUUUCAGUUGGAAUGGUUCACCACUUUGCUAUUUUACUUUGUUUUGUCCAAAAGGAUCAAUGUGAUUUUCUUCUAAAAUUCUGUGGACCAUAAUAACAGCUGUGACUCUUACAACUAUCUUUUUUAGAUUGUUUUGUAUGGUUCCCUUAAUGAUUAUCUUCAUUGUUUUAACAUGUGAUACAAUGAGCUGGUAUAGUAGAAUGUUGAAAAGUUUGAAAUGAUACCAGUUUCCUUAGUUACCCAACUCUUAGGGCCUAUCAAGAAACAAGAUGAGAAGAACCAGAAAGGAAGAUUUAUGUAUUGUGUGGGACCACUUCGUAUUGUUCUCAAUGAGAAACACCUCAGAUCUGGUUUCAUUGUUGAGGAACCUGUGUAUCGAUCUCCAAAUAAUUCAGUGAUUUAUUUCCACCUCUCCAUCAACCAAGAUUUGCACUCAUCAGCCACACCCAAGUCUACCUUUUGUUGUGCCACAGCAUACAAGAUGUACCCAUUAUGUAGGGAGUCAUACCCAGCCAUGACUACCAGCUGUCAGUCCAUUUUAUUGGCUUGAGCUUCGAGCCCACUGAGAAGAGGGGCAUGACUGUACAUCAUCCAAGGCAGUAACCCAGUACUCUUUUUGUGACUUUAAUGCGACUCUGUAGGUGAGUUAGCCACAUAGGUGAGAUAUAUGAAAAAAUUGCCAUUUUUUUUUAUACUUUCUAAUUAAACAACAGACUCUGUCCCUGAUGAUGGCUUUCCCCAUAAUUUCAUAACCUAUGAUAUGAAAUGGCAUUUGUGCAGUUCUUUAAAAGUAUUAUAUUUAUGAGAAUAUUUUCCAUUUUAUUUUUCGUAAAUUUAUUUUUGUUAUGAGCAGACAACUAAAUUGCUUAUUGAUAAGGAUAUGUCAGAACGGUUGUGCAUGGCGGAAUGAUUCUGCCAAUGAAAGCAACCCCUUCCAUGCAGAGUAUUCUGUCUUACAUCAGCACUUCUUGGGUAGUUCACAAAGGAAGAUGUCAUGGGGAAUCACUAUUUUCAUUGAUCAGCAUAUUGCUCAGCUUCUGCUUUUCCUUGUAUAUUUUUCUUAGGAUGCUUUUCACCCACUGUUCAUCAUUGCUCCAUGUGCACCUCCACUGAAAAGUAUUGUUACAUUCUCUUAUCAAGAUGCUGAGGAAGCCCCAUUUCUGAGGUAGAUGAUGAGGUAGAUUCAUGAAAACAUCACAUAGAGAUAAACCAGUUAAUGUCAUUAUCAUCAUUAUUGUCCUGUGUCUUUUGUGCUCCAUGGAUUUCCCUUAAAGAUGUAAUUUGAUAAUGUCACAGUAAGUUCAAGCUCAUAUUUCCACAUUUCAAAAUAAUUGUCAUGUCCAUCCAUUAAUCCAUUUUCUAAGUCUCCUGGUUUGAAUUUGCAAUCCAAGCAUGGUCUGUUUGCUACUUCACUAUAUGUCUGCCUGGAUUUUCCUGUUAUGUCCCAAAGAUAUGCAGGUUAGAUGAAUUGUCAAUUGAAACCUACCUUAUAUGAGUGAGUAGGUGUAAGGAAGCCAUGCAAUGGUUUGGCACCAUCUCCACAGUUGGUUCCUACCUCUCAUCCACUAAUACUUUGAUAGGCACCAACUCCCUACAUCAUCUCCACGAGCCCCUCAAAACAUUCAGCAGAUGACCAGGUAGUCAUCUCUGUAUCCUCCAAAACGUUUCUACUGUGUGUACACUUCAUGUGGAAAGGCUUUAAUUGUCAUCAAAGUAUCAUGUUAUGUCCUCUCAACCAUUGUCCCUGAUGUUUCAUCACUUUACUUAAAGUAUCCAAAGUAUAUUUUCUCAAAGGUUAACUGUUCAUUGGGAAAUUAAAUCUAUAUAAUUAAGAUCUGAUUUGCAGGAUCAGAUAGCACUGCUGCCUUUCCACUCCUGGGAUCAUAUCAUGGCUUUGGCACUGUUUUUGUGGAAUCUGGGUUGUUUCUGGGUGUUCUGCUUUCUUCCCACAUUCCAGAGAUGUACAGUAUACGAUACACUCACCAAAAGCUUAUUAUGAGUGAAUGUGGAUGCAUUUGGUGAGUGUGUCCUUCAUGUCUUAUCCAGUGUUGUUUCCUGUCUUGAUACUGAUGCUGCUGGGAUAGACUUUAGGCUGUUCAUAACAGCAUUAAAAUAAUCAAGUUCAGAAAAUUCAUGGCUAGAUGAACUGUUGAGAAUGGUAAAGAAUAUUUCCUUUAACGAUCAAAACUGAAUGUUUCUUUGGUUAUUCAGUUCCACUUUUAAAGAAUUGGAGCUGGUCAAAAGUAUAGAGUGUUAUUUGGAUAGGUAAGUAGUGGUUAAGGAGGUGGAUGGGGAGUAUUUUGACCAUGAAGGUAUCCCAACUGUAUCAGUAUCAGUUCAUUUCAAACUAGCUUAGACUAACAUUCUUUACUCAGAUUUCAGAGACAAUAACUUUUCUAUUUGUUCACUUCCACAAUUUUCAUUGUGACAUUUUAAAAAGUAAUCAAAUUCUAACUUCUCAGACAUGUGACAAAUUCAUAUAACACAGUUUCAUUGGCUUACCUAAGUAGUCACUUCUGUUCUUAUUUCCUACAUCAUAGGAUGUUUAUAAUGAGAAUACACAAAAACAGAAUAUCAUGGCCAAUCAUUUCACAAGACCCCAGUACACCAUAUCAAUGAAUCCCACACGUAAUUCCUGUGGCACAACACUUUUCUCUCCUCAAUCUAAAACUCCUGAAAUACUGUAUGGGACAAUUAGGUGUCCUUCAGUUAAGUUAUGAAUAAAAUCAUCACUGUCAAAUGAUCAGUUACAAGGAAAUGUCAGAGCAGUGCACCAGCUGAACAGGCCUGUGCAAAGAUGACCCUGCUGGAGCGUUCUUCACAUGUUAAGAGGAUUUCCCCUUUGAGUUUGUGAUUUUCUGUGCAAAGUGAUACAGCUGAGUGGGCCUUCAAUGUCUAUAAGACUGUAAUAAAAGUCAUUUUGCCAUUGGCACCUUUCUUUUAUUGAGUAUUUUCUUACAGAGUAACAAGAAUGGAGGAGUAAGGUAUGUUGUUUUGGACUCAUUGGUACCAUCAUCUGUGGAGAUUAAUGUGCAUACAUAGCUUGCUUGGAAACUUCUAGUACCACAGCCAGUCACAGACAGCAAUUAGAAUAGUGGUGGGUUCUCUAAAAUUGUGAGGGCAUUUUCCUCUGUUGUGUAUGUCCAGUGGUGGACUGUCUAGAUUGUGUUCCUGCCAUGUUGCUGCUAUGAAAUGUUCUGCUAGCCCAAACUGAUUCAAGUAAAAAUGAAAAUGGAUGACCAAAGGUGCCCCUUAUAAAGAUAGAAUCAAGAAAAAAUAAAAAUCAUAAUAAAGAUGAUCCUGCUUUGCCUCUCAUGUGAUGCUUUUGGUUCUGGACCCAUGGGAGUGGCAUUUUCAUGUUGUUUCUAUUUCACAUAUUGUACAUUCUGGAAGUAGUACCCUAAUUUACUCAAAAAGUAUUUUUUACACAAUGACUAUCAGAUGUCCACACAACCUUAUGCUUGGAACAUAAUGUGUUAGAGCUGUGAGCCAUAUUGAUCAGGGUAAUCAUCCGAUCAUUGUCACUGUUCUUAGCCUUUACUGAAAAAACUUUGUUGUAAGAAGGUGAACAGUCAUCUUCAAGGUAAUAUUCAGCCAUUGAUUGUGGACAGAAGAAGUCCAAGACUACGGGAACCAUCCUCUUUAUGGUUGUUUUGUAACUAAUGUAGCAUUACUUAGAUAUGUGAUUCAGUAAAUUCUCUACUAGUUAGUCACUAAUGGAAGUCUCAUUACUACUGUAAAUCUUAAUGUAUAUGGUAAAGCCACAAUUCUAACAGAACUAAUAGGGAAAAAUGUCCUGUGUUCAUUACAGUGAUAAAAGUGCCAAAUAAUGUAACUGCUAUUUGUGUUUUUUAAAAUCUUCUGCAUAUUGCACAUAUCAAAAAGCAAUAGACAAUUUUAAUUCACUUAAAACCAUUAUUUUUAUAUAAAUGCCUAGUCCUAAUAUCACUUAUACAGGAAAAUAUCCUGAAAAAUACAUUUAUUGACAAAAGUUUAUAGUUUUGGAGUGAUUAUUUUGUAAAAGUCAAAAGGUUACAGAAUUGCCAUAAAAGGCCUUUUAGAGAAGGUUGGCAUGGUGGUAGUGCUGCUGCCCUGCAACUAGGAGAUGGAA